AUGUACCUCCUGGCACAUCGAGCGCAUAAUACAACCUCGCUCUGGCCUCCGAGAGCUCAGGUCUUGCAGUGUAAGUCACCGAGGGUAGCAGGAGCCACAUUUCUCGACUCCGCCGUGGGCCCCGCCGUCUGGAGAACCAGUGAAGAUCCCAUCCACGAGCAGUGGGCUGAAAAUGCCCUGCCGCGCAAGCAAACAGAAGAGACCCAAAGAGGCAGGAUUGCGCCCGUGCCCCGUCGAGACACGACAACAAAGGCAAUGUCCUCGCCGACAAACAGGAGCCUGCCGAGAUGCUGGAAGCAUGGCCCAGCGUGCUGA